AUGGCUGCACAGAGAAUAUGUGAAAAUGACAAGCAUGAAAUCAAAUCAAACCCAGUGAAGAGAAGUUCUUACGCCUUGGGGUUUUGGCGUUCGGGUAAUUUGUUGGGAUGGCUACGGCUUGGGGCAGAUUGGAUUUGUGAGGUUGGGUGUGGAUUUGGGGUGUCAGCUCGGGGUGAGUAUGGCUGGCGGUUGAAAGUGGCUAGGUGGGUUGGGAUUGAUUGUUAUUAA